AUGGAGAGAAACAAGAAAGGUGUUUUAAGAUGGAAAAAAGUUGUUACACGAGUCGAAGAUCAUUUGAUCGUCCCGGAUUUUCCUAAAGGUUUAGCGAGAGAAAGCUACGAUGAGUACCUGAGAGAAUAUUUAUCAAAAAUAUGUCGUGAGAAGUUUUCAGAAGAUAAACCAUUAUGGGAAAUUCAUUUGGUCAAGUACCCUAGUUUGAAGGGCGCGUGCACUAUGAUUUUUAAGGCUAGUCAUGCAAUUGGUGAUGGUUAUUCACUUAUAAGAUUGUUUUUUAAGAGUUGCCAAAGAGCUGAUCAUCCGUUACUUCCUCUUACUUUUCCGAAAUUGUCAUUGAAGAAACAAGGUAAUAGUAAGCGCACUGUAAUAGGAAUGGGGAAGAAAAUGUUGGGGUUUAUGGGUAAGUGUGUGAACACAACUUACGAUGUCGUGGAGAGCACACUGAGGGUAACGUGUUUAGAAGAUCGGCCAUCUGCAAUACGUUCGGAGUCAUCGACAAAUAUGGAGAUUGAGUUAUUCAAACCUUUUAACAUCUAUUCGGUGACGUUAUCACUUGAAAGAGUCAAGCAAGUCAAAACCAAGCUUGGAGCGGUGAGUUCAACUUAA